UUGCGCAUGAUAUUUAAAAGCAGCUGUUGUACCUGUUCGGCGCGCAUGACUCUGUUAAAAAGGCAUUCUUUUUAGAUCUGCUGUUUUAAUGCAAUGGAAAAGUACCCAAACUGGAACGGCCGCAUUGUUUUGGAUAGAAGAGAGCGUGUUGGUGUUUUAAUUCAAAGGCUUGAUUAGCCUUCGUGCACGGAUACACUUACCGAGCAGCGAGGGGAAUCUGUCUCGCUGUUUUUAAAGAAGCGCUUCGAUGCAUUUAAUAACUGCGUAUCAAUGUGUUUUUAUUUAUUUAUUUAUUUAUUUAUUUAUUUAUUUAUUUAUUUCAUUUAAAACACAGCAGCACGACACGGUGGUUGUUCUGUUGCCAAAGCCCGCCUCGCUGUGCUCCUUUGCGCGCUCAUUUCAUAGCUCCGCUAGUCUGACUUCCCGGAGUUUUAAGUUUCGUUUCUCCAGCUUUCUCCCUGACGGACAGCAGCGAUGGCGACAGCGGCGUCUCCAGAGGAGAAGUUCUCCUGCUCCGUGUGUCUGGACCUCUUCACCGAGCCCGCAACCAUUCCGUGCGGACACAGCUUCUGUCUGGACUGUAUCGGGAGCUACUGGGACCAGAGUGACCAAACCGGCGUGUACAGCUGCCCCCAGUGCCGGGAGACUUUCACUCCCAGGCCAGUUCUGCGCAAAAGCAACGUCCUUAACGAACUGGUGGAGGAAUUGAAGAAAAUGAGACUCGACUCGAAAAGGGAACCCCCCGCUCCCGCUCCUGUCUCUGCUGAGCUCGGAGACGUGCCUUGUGAUUUCUGCCCCACCGAGUUAAAGCGCGGAGCGGUCAGGUCGUGUUUGACGUGCCGGGGCUCGUACUGCGAAGCGCACCUGCAGCCACACUACGAGACCGCGGGGUUGAAGAGGCACGCGCUGGUCCAGCCUCUCAGAGAUUUCGAGCAGAAGCUUUGCAAACAGCACCAGAGAUUGCUGGAGCUUUACUGCAGAACCGAUCAGAGCUGUAUCUGCAUGACGUGUACUCUCAAAGAUCACCACAACCACGCUGCUAUCCUAGCAGAGGAGGGGAGAGCGGAGAAACAGAAGGAGUUGGGGAAAAGACAGGCCACAAUAGAAAAACUCAUUGAGGAGAGACUGAAAGAGCUGGAGAGACUGAAUCAGGCUGUGGAGUCUCUCAAGCUCUCGGCACACAAGGAAAGGGCUGAAAGCGAGCAGGUCCUGUCUGAGCUGAUCCGCUCCAUUGAGAGAAUCAGGAUGGAGGUGGGAGAGCUGAUUGGAGCUAAAGAGAAGGCUGCAGUGAGUCGGGCCGACGAGCAAAGAGAACAACUGGAGCAGGAGAUCCAGGAGCUGAGAAAGAGGAAGGCUGAGAUGGAGCAGCUUUCUGAGACAGAGGAUCACAUCCACUUUCUGCAGAGUUUCCAGUCUGUCUGCGCCCCUCCUGCUGCUCAGCAGCUCUUUGAUAACAUAGACGACUCUUUCUGGACGCUGAGGAAAGCUGUGUCUCGACUCAAAGACCACCUCGAGGGAUUCUGGAAGGUGGAGUUGAUGAAAGCAACUAUAGCAGUUGACGUGACUCUGGACCCUGAUACAGCACAGCCCCAUCUCAUCCUCUCUAAGGAUGGAAAACAAGUCAAAGACGGGAAUAAACGACAACCUCUCCCUGACAAUCCAAAGAGAUUUGAUAAGAAGAUCUAUGUCCUGGGCAGGGAGGGCUUCACCUCAGGGAGACACUACUGGGAGGUGGAGGUGGGGGACAAGAUAUACUGGGUACUAGGAGUCAGCGGAGAAUCUUCUCAGAAGAAGGGGGAUAUCACUGAGAAACCCCAGCAGGGAUUCUGGGUUAUUAGGUGGAAUGAAGAAAAUCAUCUGUUCAGUGCCAUCAGUACCCCUCGGACUCCCCUCCCCCUGAGCCUGAAGCCCCGGAAGCUGGGGUUGUAUCUGGAUUAUGAGGGAGGGCAGCUCUCCUUUUACAAUGUGGAGACCAGAUCUCACAUCUACACUUUCACUGACACCUUCACUGAGAAACUCUAUCCUAUCUUUUCUCCUGGUCUUUGUUCCUCUGGUAAAAAUGCAGCUCCACUGAUCAUCUGCCCGCAUACCUACACAGACUAAUACAGAUUACUAGCACAAGGAACACGAUCACUGCCCCCCUUUUGUCGCAGGUGAUGCUGAACUAGUUAUUCCAUAUAGUAAAACAUUAGACUCCAUUGCAUGGAGGAUCUCAGUAGCUACAGUAAAUGGUUCAUCAAUUGAAUCAGAUUCAGUUGUAUUGUGUUUACCAACUGAUGAUGUGAGGCAGAACAGUAAUUGGAUACUAGAAAAUAUGAAUAACAGUGAGUUUUGGCCUCCUUCAGUGUUCUGGAUGGAAGGCGUACCUCGCAAAGUGACUCUGUGCGAACAGAAGGGAAUGUAUAGUAACAAUGUAUACAGAUCCAGAACUAUUGUACAUGGUGCAGAAUUAACCCUGACACACAAAUUGAAACAUAAUCCUCUUGUUAUGUGUGCAUGUAAUAUGUGCCAAAGCAAGACAUCAGUGACUGGGCCCAAACUUUGUCCAACCUGUAGUCAUUUAGCUAAACACUGUAGAAUCUUGUUUGAGUGUAAUGAUUCUGAAGGAAUUUCUUUCUCUCAUCUAAAUGUAGAUCCAAAGGAUAUUAAGAGGAUUGAAUGCAUAAAUUGUGAAGGAGGUCAUUUAGUGAAAUGGGCUCAUCUAGGUAAAUUGGAAUGUGUAGAAGGUGUCCCAGCUAAACGUGUCCAAGUAUCUUGUAGGUACGAAGUGAGGAAGAUGGCGUCUCACACCUGUGAUGCUAAACUUUGGAUAAAGGGGCCUGUUGUCGUUUUCGCGGAACCAACCAGAGCUAAACCCGGCACAGAAGUUGAAUCCUGCUGGGAACGCUGGUAUAUGCAGGACAUGGACUAGGCAAUUUCAAAUAUGGAAUGUAUUAUAAAAUGAAGUGUCAAAGAUAUUAGGAAGGAUAAAGAAAGAGUAUCCUUGUACCACUAGUAGGUGGCUCUCUUGCUCCAUGAAAUAGGUCAGUCCACUCUUGUUUGGAAUUACACAUGUAUUCAAUUAAGUACUUAGUGGUCUGAGAAUCCCUAAGAAAAUAUAUAUAAUGAACGAUUUACCACUAGUAUAUCUUAUCUUCAGAAAGCAUGACGCUUGAUAAAAAGCACCAUUCCAGCUAAAAGUGAACGUUAAUCUACAAAUUUAUGUCAAGAAAAACACAAGAUAAGAAGAGACUCUUUAUGACCAAAAGAUUAACUAACAAUCCAGAGGUCUUGAGAAAAAAUCCUGUCUCGGCUGGAUUUUGUAUGAACAAAGUGAAGGGUCACACCUAGUUGAAUGCAGUUAUACUGGCCUAUAUUUGGAUUUAAAUCCUAAGAGGGAUUCGGCCAAAAUAAUAUUAUAGCAAUUGAUAAACAGAGGUAAAUUAAUUGAAAGAUUAUCUUAUAAUGAAACAGGUUCAGUGCUAAUUGACACUGUUUAUAGUUCAUAACACUUAUUUCAUAAGAUUAAUAAUAUGUUGUAUUUGCUAUAAUGAGAAAACAUAUUAUUUAAAACUGACAAGUAUUAUUGCUUGUUCACGACUUUGCUGUAGUGAUAAGAAGAUUAAAACCUGGAGCAGUAUUCGAUUUACUUAAAUGGGAAAAUGGUACAAGUUUAUUCUUCUUUCUAUUGAACAAUAAGACUUCUAGACAUUAUGAUAUCCAUUGAAGUAUAGAAGUUAAAAGGUGUUGUGUUAUGUUUUUGUGUUAAGUUUGUAAUAAUAAACUAUAAUGUACCUUGUUAUUAAUCCACUAUACUAUUGUCUAAUGAUGGUAGAUGGAUUCCUUAUAAUCUGGUGAUUUGAAACUGCUGCAGUGAAAACAGGACCUCUUCUUAUCUAGAAAGAAGGGAUGUCCUUGGGUUCCACUUUAGCAGAGCUGCAAGCCUCAUAGAGAUGGAGUGUUAAGGUUUAUGGAGUUAGUGGUUUAGUACUGAUAAGUAAAUGUCUUGAAAUAAUAUGCACAACUCAUGGCUUAAUGGACAGGUCAUAUAUCUAAUAAAGUGCUUUGCACUACUCUGACCUUGGAAAAAAACAAGAGACUGUGGAAAUUGCUAGCAGUAACAUAUUCCCAGGUCAGAGUGGGAAUAAAUAAUGGAUAAAUAAUUGUAAUGAAAACUAUUACCACUUAAACUUAGUGAAACUAAAUGACUUGAAUAUUGUAUGAGACAAACUUGUGUCAAAUACUCUGUUAGACAAUGGUAUAUGGAAUCAAAACUGACUCAUUAACAAAAUGAUGAAACAAUAUGAAGUUAAAAGAAACACAUACCUUUAAUUUAGCAUAAUAUAAUCACUUCGAAGAUGAUGUCACAUAUUAAGAACAUCUCUCAUAUAUAACACAUAUAAAAUUAGUGUUUUGCAUGCAGUAGUGUUUUUAUAUUAUAUUAUAAACCAAGAUCCUGGGAACCUUGGUUCACUUAAACUUUUCAGAUAAAGGAGGGGCUCGGAGGAAAGCAAAGAAUGACACACGGAAUGAGAUCAUAAGAGUUGAAACAAAUGUGAAGUUUUGAAUUUAAUGACAUCUAUUAAUUCUGAAAAGUUAGUCCGGAUCUUUUGAAAACUAUUAUUUGUAAAAGGGAUAAAGAGCUGUCUCACCUGAUUAAUGAUUGGAUUUAAUUGAAGCGUCCCAUGUAUUCCAAUGAGACGAAAAACCUAUUUAACUCCAGAGUAAUUUCAAUGGAGUACCACACUCAUCCCAGACAGGGCAAGGUGGUCCAUCUUCUGCAAACCAAAAAUACAAUUGAACUGAUUUAACUCAGUUUAAUUUGCCUGGUGAAGACAGUCAUAUCCUUUUACAAUCUAUAUUAAAGGGUAAGCAUUAAUCAAUUAUUAUUUUAUCUCACAUGUAUUGCAUGUAUUGCUAUAAGGGACUCACGCUAUGUUUAGAAGAUAGGAGAACAUUUGUUGAAUGUGCUGAAAAGAGGCUACUGGGUGUAUUUAGUGUCGUGGUCGUGGCCAGGCCUGCCGGCUGCACAAAUACAUAAAGAUGUAUUAAAGUGUUAACGUUAAUAUCUGUUAAGACACUGGACUGCCCAGAACGUCUGUCAGCUGGGGAUAUGAAGUAGCCUGUAGCUACUCAAUCCAAUAUUUAACUGUUAAUAAACCGAAGGAGUACUGCGCAUACUCUGAUUCGUAAAAGCACUUUAGAUACAUGAGUCUGUCAAUUUCUUGGGUACUAUAUUGGUCAUCCGAAUAUACUGCGGGUCCAGAGCACAAACUAUACCCCACUAGGAGUAAUAACAUCUCUGUCCUCCUAACGUCUCCCCUGAGAUAAGAGUGUGUGCUGAGCAAAUAAAAAGAGUACGUAAAGAAAUCUGAACACGCGGAUUUCGUGACACUUUUUAUUGCAUUAAAAAAUGUUCCUUCCUUGUUUUUAUGCUUUUAUACACACUUCAUGUUGUCAUCUCCAUGUCAUGUGAAAUGGAAAAAAAUAUAUAACACCGAUGUAACAAAACCAUGAAUAAAGAA